UGAUGAAAGUCCUGUUAAAUAGUUUUCAGGAUGAAGGUGAUGUAUACAGAGAAACAGGAGUUUCAGAAGAAUUGGUGAAUGUCAUGGAUCCCGCAAAUUUGACAGACAGUGUCUUUAUGCCUAUUUCAUGUAAAUGUUUCAUUGAGAAGGCAGGAAGGGAGAAAAAAUAGACAAGUUUCCAAAACAGGCAAAAAGUAUGAUCAGUUCUACACUUAAAUGUUGAAAAGGCUAUGGAUAUUUCAUCAGCAAAAGCUGUAGGGGAUAUAUCACUUUCACUUAUGAAACCUUCUGGGGUUGUGCAUGGUAUCAAAAAUUCUGAUACUUAUGAUAUGGAAGCAGUGGAAAAUUUUAGAUCUGAAAAAGAUUAAGAAAUUACUGAACAGAAGAUGGAUGCCAAAAUAGGACAUAAGGGUGAAGAUAUGGAAGGCAGCCAUGUAAAUAAUGAGCAGAAAUGUUACAAUUCUUUAUAUAUAGAACACAAAGAUGUUCCUAAUGUUGCUUCUAAUUCUUAUGGGCCUUCAGGCUGUAAGAGAAAUCUGGGAGACAUAUUACGACGAAACUGUACAAAACAAAAUGCAGGUCAGGUUCCCAAAGUUAAGAGCUCCAUGGAAACUAUUAAAUGUAAAACUCCUACAGAUUCAUUGGACAUUACAGUUUGUACUAGAACUGCAGAGUACACAUCUAAGGCUUCAAAUGAACAGCCACAAAAAGGUAUUCCAGUUGGUGCUGAUAAUUCUGUGAAAUGUACAGCAUCUUCCAGAGAGAAGAGUCAUGCGAAAGAAAUGUCAGCUAGUGUAAUACUGCAUAAACCUAAGCAAAAGCUUGAAGAUUUCAACUUGAAAAAUAGCAGAUAUGAGCCUGAACCAGCAUAUACAGAUAGUUCCAUGGUAUUAUGCAUUAAGGAGGAAAAAGAUAAAUCAUGUAAGAACAGUUGUGUGCCCUCUAAGCCUGUAAGAACUUCAACAUUUGUGAAUCUGACUACACCCAAUAUAGUAAAGAUGUUGGAGAGUACAAAUAUGGAUAAAGGUAUGUUGUCCAAAACAGCAGUUAGCUCAAUAGAUUCGGUGACUGCGAAUAACAUGAAACAUAAAUCACCCACAAGUACUGCCAUCUAUGAUGAGAAAAGUCAGCCUAAUACUAAUGUCAGCUCAGCAGUGGAGCUGGUUCAUCCUGAUAGUGAUGGAGACUCUGAUCAUCCUGGUCAACUAUGCAGACUUUGUGCAUUGCCCAGACAAAGUAUGGUGUACAUUUUUAGUGAAACAGGUCUCCAGCGUGGCUUACGUAGCAAGAUUAAUACAUGGCUACCAACACAUGUGAAUAGAACUGAUCCCUUGCCGAAGCAAGUAUGUCAUUUGUGUAUUGAAAAGCUGGACUUGUGUCAGAACUUCGGUAAUUCUUGUAUAAAAGCCGAACAGAAACUUAACCAGUUAUUUGAAAACAGGAAAUUCAGAUGCCGUUUUCGGACACAUGGAGAAGCAGAUGCUUCUUGCAGAAGGAAUGAUACUACUGUGGAAAGUUUGAAGCCAGGAUCAACUUCAAAAUAUAACCAGAUACUGGGUGAAAGUGUUGUACAUGAUGAUCAAAAUCAUUGCAUUUCAAAAUCAAAUAUGAAAAGUGUAUUAUUAUCAUCUAGGAGAAGUACAUACCAACAUUAUUGUAAAAUUAAUCCUAUCAAAUCAGAGAGUUUAACUUCAGAAGAUGAGGAAGGUAAUUGCUUAAUUUCUGAAGAUUCUUCUGAACUUGAACUUGUGGAUAUGAUUCUGGGUGAUGGUUACUGUCAAGGAGAUACAAGAAUUGCAGUGCCUUCCAACUAUAGCUGCCCUCUUUGUUGUGACGGAAGUAUGAUUACUGUAAAACAGACACUUAAGGACACAUUUUCUGCUUCAGAGAAGCCAUACAUUGAAGAUAUGGGUAGUGGAGCUGAUACAAAAGGAAUUAAUCAUAUGAAUGUAAAGAAAUGUUUAAAUGUAUCUCCCAGUUCCAGGCUAAGUAGUCGGUAUAGAAAAGGUGACUAUGGUUCUGCUUGUGAAUAUGGCCCUAUGGAACAAGAUAGUGAUCCAGAAGUUAAUGGUGAUACUGAUUCUAAUUCCUUUGUACUAAGCUGUACCAAAGUAAAAGAGGAGGAUGAUAAUAGUAUGGAAGGGACAGCAGCUAAGAACAACAGGGAAUGUGAUGAAAGACAUGGUAUUGUGACCAUAAAUACUAAACAGGGGCCUUUGAUUGUAAAGUCUGAGAAGGCAGAAGAUGAUAGUCCUGUAAGCUGCUUAGUGUGUGGUGGAACUGUGAUAAACUUGAACCAGUGUUUAAUUCAUGCAUUACGUGCUCAUGCAAACAGUGAAACACGUUCAUAUCCAUGUAGUCUGUGUGAAAUGUCCUUCUCUGUUGAUACAGACUUAACUAGACAUUACAUGAAUAUACACCAGAAUAUAAAGGAUGCACGAUUGCUUCAUGUCUGCAUUAUUUGUGGUCGGCAUUGUGCUUCCCAGCGAGCCCUGAAAUCCCAUGUGUGUAUUCCAAUGAACUCUGUGCCUGACCAGCUGGCUUGCAAAACAUGUGGCCAGUCUUUCAGCACCAAGGAGCGUCUUGUAUUCCAUCGCCAGUUCCAUGAUCCUGAUGCCCGCUCUCUAGAGUGUGUCCCUUGUGGAAUGGUUUUCACAGAAGAGGACAACUUAUAUGACCAUGUUAGAUUUACUCAUCGAGGGCAGUCAUUUAUUUGUAAUGAAUGUGGAGGGCACUUCAAUAGCAGAGCGGCUCUUCGGGGCCACCUUCGAUCUCACCGAAAGUUGCGACAUCAUAAAUGUGAAGUCUGCAACAAGACAUUUCUUGAUAAACAGACAUUAAAUGAACAUUCAGUGUCUCACAUGGAAGUGAAGCCAUAUCAGUGCCACAUCUGUGGCAAAUACCUAAACCGAAACUCACGACUCAAGAAACACUUGAUGUCACAUGAGCUGCAGAAGACUACAGAUCCUCAGGAAUGCUUCCAGUGCACAGUCUGUGGAGAGACUUUUCCAAAUGAACCCAAAGCUGUUGCACAUGCUCAGAUUGGACAUUCACUGCCCAGUGAAAGUGAAUGUGUGUUCCACCUUUAUCCAAUGGACAAGGUUUACCGAUGUGAGUUCUGUGAACGUAUUUAUGCUGAUCCUGCUUUUCUCAGUGCACAUCGAUCAAGUCAUACUGAUGAGUCUUUUCCAUUCAAAUGUCACAUAUGUGGUGCAGGUUUUGCAACAUUUGCUCGUGUAGCAACUCAUAAAGUGACUCAUGGCAUCUAUGAUAAGAAAGAUGAGUUCUCAAUUCCAAAGUUUUAUCUGUGUGACUCUUGUGAUAAGGCAUAUAUCCAUUGGACAUACCUCUCAGUUCAUCGUAAGAUGGUACAUGCAGAGGUAAAACACAUGUACAAAUGCAAGAUGUGUCCUGAGCAGUUUGUGAACUCGUGGAGUUUAGCAUACCACCGAAAAACACGUCACUGUGAGACAGAACCGCCUCCAUUGGAUAGUAGCUUACCAGCAAAUGAACGAAAGCGAUGGAAAUGUGAAUGCUGUGAGAAGCGUUAUGUGAGCCAACAGUCACUUUUAGCUCAUGUUAAUAUAUUUCACACUGGAGAUAAUCCUGGCCCUGCUUUUCAGUGUGAUCAAUGUGGGAAACAGUUUGCUCGCAAGUUGUCUCUGGAUUCUCACAAGAAAACGCACAAUGGAAUAAAACCUCAUGUGUGCCCUGUGUGCAAGAAGACGUUUGUACAUAUUUCAAGCCUUUCAUCACAUCUGCGGUUACAUCGGGGUGAUAAACCUCAUUCAUGUGAAUAUUGUGGCAAAACCUUUCUCCAGAGAGGAGACAGAGAUGACCAUGUUCGCAAACACACGGGAGAAAGACCAUUUUCUUGUCAGCAGUGCCCUAAAUCUUUUCGAACGCGAGCCAUGUGGUUUGAACACACCAGAAUCCACCGUGAUGAACGUCCAUUCCCUUGUGACAUUUGUGGAGCUUCAUUCCGCCGUUCAUAUUCUCUGAAAAAUCACAAGACUACCCACUCAGGCGAGCGCCCACAUGUGUGUCAGAUAUGUAAUAAGACAUUUAGGCAGAAGCAGCAUAUGCAGAAACAUGUAAGAAACUAUCACCAGGAAGAGAUGAAGGAGCAGGAACCAAGUGAUGAUGUCAUAACAUUUAUAUUACCUACAGAUUAAUUGACUGCAGUGAAACCCUGAAGUUAUGUUUUCCCACGGUUUACCGAAUUUUAUUUUGCACCCUUGAUUUCUUUGUUACUCUGGCAUAUUUAAUUCCAGGGGGAGAGACAUGAAAACUGAAAUUAUCCACAGUAUACCUGCUUAUUAAGUGAUUACACUUUUUAUAUUGGCAAUCCUCUUGACUCUCUUAGUUUUUACUGUAAAUCCAUUUUGUCAUUUCAGUUACAUAUUAAUUUUCUUGUAAUAUGUAUCAUUUUUCAAAUUAAAAAAGAGUUUUUACUGCCCUUUUUUGUUGAUUUCCAAAUGUUUACAAAAUUCAUCCCAUAAAAUAAUGUGAAGUCGUCAAGAGAAAAUGUCCUGGCAUGCCCAUGGGGAGGGCUGUCAUUGUGCAUGAUGUCUGUCCCUGUAUGGUCUGCAGUGUCUUGUAUGUGCUGUGCUCCAUAUUCUGGACAGUCUUGGACGAUCCCUCGUACAAACUGGACCUGUCACCAUGUCACUUGUAUUUGUUAUCCCACCCUAAUGUAUUGUGACAUGUUGCGGAAUGGAGACCCCCUCCCUACCCAGCAGCAACGUGGCGACUCAGGCCACAGGUGCGUGGCGGUAACGAAGCGCUCCCUCCCUCCCCUCCGCGGUGACGUCACGCGGUGACGUAACGCGCAACGCUAGCGUAACCGUAAUCAACGUCCUACUGUGACG